GAGCUGAGCCCAACAACCAGCUUUGCCUCUGGAAACGAGAUCCAAGCAAGAGACAGCAAAGCAAACUAGCUAGCUAUCGACGCUCGCUCGCUCGCACGCACACACAGACACGACACGCACAGUCAAAGAUUUUUUUUUUUUUUUAAAGGGACUCGCUAAAGACCAAAUAGAAGCAGAGAAAUCAGUCAAGCCAGAGUCACCAUGUCAAGAGCAGAGGAUGAACGCUACAGCAACCCAGGCUUGCUCCAAAUCUCAAUGCCAGAAGUUGAAAACAGCCUUGGCAGUUCAAAGAAGAUGUGCAUCUCCCGGCGGAUAUUGCUGCUUAUGCUCACUUUCCUGGCAUAUACGAUUGAUUCCGUCUCUGCAUACAGUCCUGCCGAAACUCUUUGUGGUGGAGAGCUAGUGGACACACUACAGUUUGUCUGUGGGGAGAGAGGAUUUUAUUUCAGUAGGCCUGUGGGUAGAAACAGAGGAAGGCUCAACCGUGGCAUUGUAGAGGAGUGUUGUUUCCGGAGUUGUGACCUGAAUCUUUUGGAAACUUACUGCGCAAAAUCUGUCAAAUCAGAGCGGGACCUCUCUUCAUCCCUUGUGGUUUUACCAGCAAUAAACAAGGAUAUCUUCCAAAAGCCUUCCCAUGUCAAGUACUCAAAAUACGACAUUUGGCAAAAGAAGAGCUCACAGCGUCUUCAGCGGGGGGUUCCCAACGUCCUCCGUGCCCGCAGGUAUCGAUGGCAGACUGAAGGGCUGCAGGAAUCUGAAGAGUCCAAGAACCAUCGCCCGUUGGUCGUCCUGCCGACACAGACACCUCCGCCUGCGCACACCACCUCAGAAACGACAGGCAGCCAGAAGUGAACUGUGCUGAACUAUUUUGCAAAAGUGACUAUUAUUAUUUUUCCCAGUCUCAUGGGAGGUGUUUUCAAAGGUCUGGCCCCAGCCUUUUCUCUCUUGCAGACCAAGGUGGAGGGGAGAGAGCAAAUGUCUUUUCACACCAUGGAACAACAGAAAAAUGGGCACGGGAACACCAAAAGAAUGGGAUUAUGACAUCAGUGGUGGCAGCAACAUUUUUGUGGCAUUGUCUUUAUAAUUUUUUUAAUCUAUUGGUUGGCUUUGUACUUUCCUACCCAGUAUUUUCAGCUUGAUCUUAACAGGGACAGCUAAGGCACUUGAACUAUAUAAUAACAGACUUGCCUUUCAGUCCAUAUACUAACCAAUGAAGAAAGAGCAAGAGAAGACCAUGGUGUUAAAAGAAGGCCAAAUUCUAUAUUUCAACUGACAGUAAAAAGAAAAAGAAGGGAAACAAAAUCUAAGGUUUUACCCCAUUUUAUUGUUUUAUAA